AUGGACGGAAAACGUUGGAAACACGCCUUUUUUACUCACAGCUAUUCUCUGGAUCUUUCCACGGAGGAAAACGUCACGCGUACGGUGACGUCAGACCCGUACAGCUGGCGCGUGCGUCUCGGUGACGUGGAGACUGGGGACGGCAACGACACCAACUGGUACCUCGGAAUUAAGCCUACAAGCGUGGAUGGAAUGGAUGACGAAGGUCACCCAAAGCAGCCCGGAACGGUGUCAUUUUCAGUCUUCAUUGAACCCGUAGAGUGCGUCUUCUUUAACGAGGAAGACCAUUCCUGGGACCGAAGUGGUUGUGAGGUUGGACCUUUAACAACCACGACCCAUCUCCACUGCCGCUGUGACCACCUGACCAAGUUUUCGGGCCUCACGGGUCUGGUUGCUCCAAACGAGAUCAACUUUGAGCGCGCUCUGAAAGGGUUCCUACUGAAGAACCUGAUUCAGAAUCCCAUCGGCAUCAUGACGUGCUGCGUCCUGUUCUCCUUCUACAUCGCCUUGUGUGUGCCCUGGACAAGGAAAAAUGACGCCAAGGACCUGGGGAAGAUCACCACCGCAGCAAUCUUCGAUGACACAAAACAUCCCAAACCUCGCUACUACCUGAGGGUCUUUACCGGGCCGAGAGCAAACGCCGGGACAACAGCAAAGGUGUCCAUCAUGCUGCACGGGGCGACCAGGGAGUGCGGCCCGUUCCUCCUGCACCAGCCCUACUCCGCCAUGUUUGAGAAGGGAAACAUGGCCGGGUUUGUUCUGUGCACCGAGACGGACCCGGGCUGGCUCACCCACGUGCGCGUGUGGCACGACAACUCCGGCAAGGAGCCGUCCUGGUUUCUGGACAGGAUCAUUGUGGACGAUCUACUGCUCGAGGAGCAGCACUAUUUCCUCUGCAACAGGUGGCUGGCCUUUGAUGAGGACGAUGAGCAGAUUGAGCGCGUGCUGCCUGCAGCUAAGGACGAGCAGCUGGUGGCCUUCAGCACUCUGUUCACUGAUAGAACUACCAAAGACCUGCGAGACGGCCACAUCUGGUACUCUGUGUACGGCCGCCCUGCCAGCAGCCCCUUCACCCGCACCCAGCGGGUCUCCUGCUGCCUGUCCAUCAUCAUGUGCACCAUGCUGGCAAACAUCAUGUUCUUCGGCCGAGGAGACGACUUCGACCCGCCGGAACCCGUCACGAUCUUCGGGUUUGAUGUGCAGAUCCCCAUUUCAUGGCCUCAGAUCCUGAUCGGUCUCCAAAGCGCCGCGGUGGUGUUUCCCAUCAACGCCAUCAUCAUUUGGAUAUUCCGGAACGUUAAACAACGUCCAGUUAAAAAAGAAACUUCUACCGACAACCGUCCCGUCAAGAACGACAAAGUUGUCACUACGAAACAACCUUCUGGAAAACACAACAUUCCAACUUCCAAGACACUGUCAAGCAUUGACAUAUACCUAAUGAAUGCCCCGCCAUCAUUGCCAGAACAGGUUCGUCGAAAUUCUGCAGAACAGGCCAGGCGAGAUGACGUCAUUGAACUGACUUCCCCAGGACAGAUCAAAUCUCAAGGUGAAUCCUACAGGCGAAUGAACAAACUUACACAAUGUGCUUGUACUACCUAG